UCUUCCUCGUCACUCCUAUGCAUGGAUGCAUGAUCGAUGCCCGAUAAAUACGUAUGCGUAUCUGCACAUCUUAGCACCCCACCACACCCAUGCAACUGUUGUAUACGAGCUGCCAGAGUACAGGCGUACGUGUAGAGAAGACAACACAUCACUUGCCGCUCGACGCCAUGGCCAUCAACUUCUCUAGCUGCCGUGGCGUCGCCUGUCCUUCCGACUCCAACGACGUGGAGAUGGCCCUUCCCGCCGCGGCUGCCGACGCGCAGAGCGCCGGGGGGUCGAACGCGUCGGCGGCUAAGCCUGUGAGGGCGGCGGCAGGGCACUCGAGGCUCGGCGUCAUACUGCUCGACCAAGGCCUGCUCACCGUGUACAAGCGCCUCUUCGUGCUCUGCGUCGCGCUCAACGCGGCCGGGCUCGCCGCCGCGGCGACCGGCCGCUUCCCUUACGCCAAGCACCGCCCCGCCAUCUUCGCCGUCGGGAAUAUACUGGCGCUCACGCUGUGCCGCUCCGAGGCGGUGCUCCGGGCGGUCUUCUGGCUCGCCGUCGCGCUCCUCGGCCGGCCAUGGGUGCCGGUCGCCGUCAAGGCCGGCGUCACGGCUGUCCUCCAGUCCCUCGGCGGCGUCCACAGCGGCUGCGGCGUGUCGUCGCUGGCGUGGCUGCUGUACGCGCUCCUGCAGGCGCUCCAGCUACGCCACGUGACGCCCCCCGAAAUCCUGGCCGUCGCGUGGGCAAUACUCGGGCUGGUGGCGCUCUCGUGCCUCGCGGCGUUUCCGCUCGUGCGCCACCUCCAUCACAACGUGUUCGAGCGUACGCACCGGUUCGCUGGCUGGAGCGCUCUUGCGCUGCUCUGGGCGUUCGUCGUGCUCACUGCUGGCUACGACCCGGCGACCAGAUCUUACGGCAGGCUCACCGCCGCCGCCCUGGCCAAGCGGCUGGAGCUUUGGCUCGCGGCCGCCACCACCUUCUUCACCCUCCUCCCGUGGUUCGCCGUGCGCCGCGUGCCGGUCACGGUCACCGCGCCGUCCACCCACGCGUCCAUCAUAACGUUCCAAGGCGGCGUCAAGGCCGGCCUGCUCGGCCGCAUCAGCCGCUCGCCGCUCUCCGAGUGGCACGCCUUCGGCAUCAUCUCCGACGACGGGGACACGCACGCCAUGCUCGCCGGUGCGGUGGGAGACUUCACCCGAGGCAUCGUCUCCGACCCGCCCAGCCACCUCUGGGUGCGUACCCUCCACUUCGCCGGGCUGCCCUACCUCAUCAGCAUGUACCGGAGAGUCACAAUGGUGGCGACGGGCUCCGGCAUAUGCGUGUUCCUGUCGUUCCUGAUGCAGCCGAGCUGGGCGGAGGUGUCUCUGGUGUGGGUGGCCAAGGGGAUCGAUGCCAACUACGGCGAGGGGAUGAGUGCGAUGGUGGCGAGCAAUGAGAAGCUUGGAGGGCGCGUGAUCGUGCACGACACGAUGACCAUGGGGCGUCCGGACGUCACGGAGCUGGCCGUUAGCGCGGCACGACGGUGGAACGCGGAGGCGGUGGUGGUGACGAGCAACCCGGAGGGGAGCAGGGACGUCGUGACGGGGUGCAAGAAGGCCGGCAUCCCGGCGUUUGGGCCUAUAUGGGAUUCUUGAUGUUAACUUUUUUGUGAAUCACAUGUAUAUAGACAUGUUUAUACAUGUUUUUGUGUAUUUAUUCAUUUAUUUCAGUCCGUAUGUAGUGUAUAUUAAAAUAAUGAAGAAAAA